AAUGGGUCAGAAGAUCUCUGGGACCACCAAGUCGGUGGACGUGCGAGGCGGCGGCGGUGGCGAGCCCUCGUUCCGCCCGGUGCGUCGCGAGCUGCGCGGCCCGGACUUCUGCCGGCCGGCCCGCUUGGACCUGCUGCUGGACAUGCCGCCCGCCCUCCCGGACCUCCAGCUGCGGCACGCCUGGAACCCGGACGACCGCUCGCUCAACAUCUUCAUCAAGGACGACGACCGGCUGACCUUCCACCGCCACCCGGUGGCCCAGAGCACGGACUGCAUCCGGGGCCGCGUGGGCUACACGCGGGGGCUGCACGCCUGGCGCAUCCACUGGCCGGCGCGCCAACGCGGCACGCACGCGGUGGUGGGCGUGGCCACGGGCUCGGCGGCGCUGCACUCGGUGGGCUACACGGCGCUGGUGGGGAGCGACGGCGAGUCCUGGGGCUGGGACCUGGGCCGCAACAAGCUGUACCACGACACCAAGAACCGGCCCGGGGCGCACGCCGCCGCCGCGUGCUACCCCAACUUCCUGGAGCCCGAGGAGGCCUUCGCGCUGCCCGACUCGCUCACGGUGGUGCUGGACAUGGACGAGGGCACGCUCAGCUUCAUGGUGGACGGGCAGUACCUGGGCGUGGCCUUCAGGGGCCUCAAGGGCAAGAAGCUGUACCCCAUUGUCAGUGCCGUCUGGGGACACUGCGAGAUCACCAUGCGAUACAUCAACGGCCUCGACCCGGAGCCCCUGCCCCUGAUGGACCUGUGUCGGCGUGCGGCCCGCGUGGCUCUGGGUCGGGAGCGGCUGUCGGAGAUCGAGACUCUGCCCCUCCCCCAGUCCCUCAAGAAUUACCUCCAGUACCAGUGAUCCAGUGGAACAGGCCGGGCCGGACCAGGACGGGCUGCACCCAGCCGGACAGCACCGCACCGAUCCGUGUCGCACCGCACAGCACCAGACAACCCCAGUGGAGGCAGGGAGGACGUGAGAGCAGCCGGCAGAGGUGGAGGACACUGUGAUGGAGGUGGCCCCCCCUGGUGGUGGGAGGAUGUAACAACCCGCCUGCCUGACUGAUGGACGGACUGAUGGAUGGACGACUCCGGAAAACCGGGAACGCUGUCGACCGCUAAGGCCCCAUGGGAUAUGUUUACAUUCACGAGUCGCUGCCGUCGCCGCCGCCGCCGACUAGGAUUAUCGACGAGAUACCAAGAGUUCCACUGUUUCUAAUCAAUGCUAUUACUCUCUCUUCUCUUUCUCUUCUCUCUCUAUCACUCCCUCGUUUUUCUCGUUCUCCUCUUUAUCGCUCUCUCUCUCUCUCUCGCUCAUGCUUCUACCUCUCCUUCCCUGUCUUUUUGAGUGUUUCUCCUUUUAAGUUAUUACCGCCUGUGACUUUUUUGGGGUUGG